UUCCCUGCGCCGAGUGGGUGUCUCUCCCUGCCUGCCUACUCUGCUCUGCUCCUCCUCACAAAAGAGCGGCGCGGGUUCCUUUCUCCGGGUUUUCAAGGCGCCCUGUUAAAAUCCACCUCUCGCGCCGAAGGCUCGGGCUGCGUAGCGAAGCGAGGGGCGCGCAGCAGAGGAGGGAGCUUGCCGGGAGCAGCAGCUGGAGCCUGGAGAAGGAGAAGGAGGAGGAGAGCGAGGCGGCGGCAGAGGAGGCGGGUGGGAAGGAAGGAACUGAGCAGCAGCGAAGGUGGCCGCGGCCGCUUCCCCGGACCCCGCGCGGAGAGAGAUCAUGGGAGACCCGGCGCCUUCCGAUGCCGGCUGCUAGCAAGUGACGGGCGCUUGGGCAGAGGAGGAAGCCAGGCGAGUUUGGAAAGAGCCCGGAGAGACACACUCGGCGCCGGGGACGCGAGGGCGGCAGCGGCUUCUUCGGUGGGCGAAGCGCGGCGCUCGCCCAGGGUCUCUCCCCAGCCAUGCCUUUCGCCAAGCGGAUCGUGGAGCCGCAGUGGUUGUGCCGCCGACAGCCCGUCGCCUCGGUGCUGGACGAGGGCGCGGGUGGCGAGCUGCUGCCGCCGCCGCCGCCGCCUCCUCAGCUGGGGACCAGCCCGAGAGAGGAGCCGGGCGAAGCGGCAGCGGCGUCGGCUGCGACAGACGAGCCGGAGGAAGAAGCCGCGGGGCUGGCGGUGGUGCUGCCGGCCGAUGGGCAGGAGAAGGAGGCAGCGGCGCUGAUGGUGCUGGACCUGUGCUCGCUCAGCAACGUGGCUCUGUCGCGGAUCCUCCGCCAGCUCUCCGAUGUGGCCCGGCAUGCGUGCGCCCUCUUCCAGGAGAUCGAGGGCGAGAUCCAGAUCACCCAGCGCAGGGUCCGGGCGCUGCACGGCAGGAUCGGCGGCGUCCAAGGGGUUAUACACAGCCUGGAUCCCAAGCAGGAGGCAGUGCCUGUCUCAAACCUGGAUGCAGAGAGUAAACUGAGCGUCUACUAUCGCGCCCCUUGGCAUCAGCAAAGAAACAUUUUCCUUCCUUCCACCCGACCAGCUUGUGUAGCGGAGCUGCAUCGCCACGCAAAGCAGAACCUGCGAGCCUUGAGGAAAGAGCAACGAAACUGGAGUGAUAACAGGGAGCAAAAAGUCCUGGGCCAAAUCUCUGUGGUGGCUCCCCCAUUUCCCUCCCUCCCUGUGACCUACACCCAGAAGAACAAAGAGACAAAGAACCAUCCCUUGCUAAAAUUUUACAGCACCCGCUCGCCCUCCCCCACCGAGUGUUGCCACAUGACCCCAUGGAGUCGAAAGUCCCACCCUCCGGAGGAAGAAGAUACAGAUGUCAUGUUAGGGCAGAGGCCGAAAAAUCCAAUACAUAAUAUCCCUUCUACACUGGAUAAGCAAACCAAUUGGAGCAAAGCACUACCUCUCCCAACUCCAGAGGAGAAAAUGAAACAAGAUGCCCAAGUGAUUUCCUCUUGCAUUAUCCCCAUCAAUGUCACUGGAGUUGGUUUUGACAGAGAGGCUAGUAUACGCUGCUCUCUUGUUCACUCACAAUCCGUACUACAGCGGAGACGGAAAUUGAGAAGGAGGAAAACCAUCUCUGGCAUCCCCAGAAGAGUCCAACAAGAAAUAGAUUCUGACGAAUCACCAGUAGCAAGAGAGCGGAAUGUGAUUGUGCAUGCAAAUCCAGACUUCUCUAAUAACGUCAACAGGAGGUCAGGUACCAGAGACUCUGAGUGCCAGACAGAAGAAAUCCUUAUUGCUGCCCCAUCCCGGAGAAGAAUUCGAGCUCAGAGGGGUCAGAGCGUAGUAGCCUCCCUGUCUCACUCAGCUGGCAACAUACUGGUGCUGACAGACAAUGGUGAUCCCAUGUUUACAACAUCAGUAAGCAACCGCAUCAGAUCUAGGAGUCUUCCUCGUGAAGGUGCUAGAGCCAAUGAAGGGGACCACAACGCUAGUGCCAAAAUGUCAGCGUACGAUGCAGAACACUUUCUAGCAAGCCAAGAAAGGAUCUCCACAAAGAGUAAAGAUAUCAUCAAUACCCAGUGUUCACAAGAACACCACCCCAUAGGUUUAACUUGUUCUCAGCAUCUUCAUAGUCCAGACUGUAAUUCAAAUGAGAGGGGGAGGUCAAGGUUGUUAAGGAUGGUAGAUUCUGGAAGCUGUGAUAUUUCAUCAAACUCUGAUACCUUUGGAAGUCCCAUUCACUCCAUCUCCACAGCUGGGGUUCUUCUUAGCAGUCACAUGGACCAGAAAGAUGAUCACCAGUCAUCCAGUGGAAACUGGAGUGGAAGCAGCUCAACAUGUCCUUCCCAAACAUCCGAAACAAUUCCUCCUGCUGCCUCUCCCCCACUGACUGGUUCUUCACACUGUGAUUCAGAAUUAUCCCUGAACAUUGCCCCUAAUGCCAAUGAAGAUUCUAGUGUCUUCAUAACCGAACACUACAGUGAUCAGCUAGAUAAGGUUAGAGGACACAGGACAAGUUCUUUCACUUCCACUGUAGCGGAUCUACUCGAUGACCCUAAUAACAGCAACACGAGUGACAGUGAAUGGAAUUUCUUGCAUCAUCACCACGAUGCAUCCUGCCGCCAGGAUUUCAGCCCUGAACGCCCCAAGACAGACAGUCUGGGAUGUCCAAGUUUUACAAGCAUGGCCACAUACGAUAGUUUUAUAGAGAAGACACCAUCUGACAAAGCAGACAGUAGCUCACACUUUUCAGUUGACACUGAAGGCUAUUAUACCUCCAUGCACUUUGACUGUGGUCUCAAGGGAACUAAAAGUUAUAUUUGUACCUAUGCAGCUGUGGGCUCUGAGAGUGGCCAGAAUGCAAGCAUUGCUUCCAAUCUCACUAACUGCGCCUGGCAGGAUUACGUAAACCAUAGGAGGCAAGGAAAGCAGAGCAUCUCUCUAAAGAAACCAAAGGCAAAGCCAGCCCCACCAAAACGCAGUUCAUCUUUAAGGAAAUCUGACAGCAGCAUAGAUCUUCUUGAGAAGAAAGAACCAAAGAUAAGCAGUGGGCAGCAGCACAUGCCUCACACUUCCAGGGAAAUGAAGCUGCUCCUCGAGUUUUCAAACACACCUUCAAGAGCAGAAAACACUAGUCUGCCGAGCAAGCAGGAACUCGCCUGGGAUAAUCAGGAUGAGAGCGGAUUAAAAGACCCUCCAUUUGACACCAUGGACAUCCCAUCCUUUAAAGACGAAGGUGCUGAACAAUCUCACUAUGCAGAUCUCUGGCUUUUAAAUGACUUGAAAUCGAAUGACCCUUAUAGGUCUUUAUCCAAUUCUAGCACUGCUACGGGUACUACAGUCAUAGAAUGCAUAAAGUCGCCAGAAAGUUCUGAAUCGCAAACGUCACAGUCUGGAUCAAGAGCCACCACUCCCUCCCUCCCUUCUGUUGAGAACGAGUUCAAAUUGGCUUCCCCGGAAAAGUUGGCUGGCUUAGCUUCUCCUUCAAGUGGUUACUCAAGUCAGUCUGAAACACCAACAUCAUCUUUUCCUACAGCUUUCUUUUCUGGGCCCUUAUCCCCAGGGGGGAGUAAAAGAAAGCCAAAAGUACCAGAAAGGAAGUCCUCAUUACAACAGCCUUCUUCUAAAGAUGGCAAUGUAUCUCUAAACAAAGAUCUAGAACUUCCAGUUAUACCUCCUACUCAUCUUGACCUAAGUGCUCUUCAUAAUGUCUUGAAUAAACCAUAUGCUCACAGACACCAACUACAUGCUUUUAAUUACAAUAAACCGAGUAUGGUAGAAGAAGCACUGAACUCCAAUCCUCCACCAGCCCUUGCUAUCACACCUUCAGUUCUGAAGUCUGUACAUCUUCGAUCCAUUAAUAAGCCUGAAGAAAUGAAACAAAAAGAUCAUACAGAGCUCCAUGUUCAAGGAAACACUUUAAUGGUUACUGCCAUUUCUGGUAAAAUGAAGCCACAUGUAAGCAAGAAGCAAAUAUCACGUCAAUACUCCAUGGAAGAGGCCAUUGUGUCCUAUGUUGAUGUUUCUCCAGUACAGAUAACCCCAGAACAACUUCACAUGGCUAACAGUUUGUCUUUCAGUGAAAAGAAUACCUGCAAACAGAUGGUGACCUCAGGAAAUGUGGGUGCUCCAACAGCUAAAUAUGUAACAGAUCAAAUGCAUCGGGUUCAUGAGUUUUUACUAGAGAGUACGCUGAAUAAAGCCUGUGGCAGUUCUGCUGAACCAUUCCCACAAGGCUCAGAUGACCUUUCAAGCAAUUCUAUUGGGAAAAGAGCCACUUAUGGAUCAGAGCAGGAGAGGAGUCUUGACCUUGUGCAGCUUCAGCAAGAAUUACCUGCAUACCGUGAACAAAAGUUGGAAUACGGACCUAUACAUGAAACUAUGUCCCAAUCUGGCCCCGCAGGUGGGGGAACAGACAUUAGUCAUCAUGUAAAGCAUCGGCUUGAUCCAAGUCAACAUGAUGACAAAGUGCCUGGGAAUAUCAGCUAUGAAUCAGAGAUCUCAACUGUAGAUUCACUCAGUGAAAAAUCAUCUGAGCAGGAAAACGAAAUUGUGUCAGGUUUUCCAACCCAAAGUGCCUCUGAUGAGAGUGACAGCAGAGCAGCUGAGUCACAAAGGACCCCAGAUGAUGAUGUCUUAAAAGAAUCUUCCCCAAGUGAUGAUUCCAUAUUCUCACCCUUAAGUGAAGAUUCUCAAGCUGAAGCAGAAGAAGCUUUUGUGUCUCCAAAUAAGCCUCGAACAACAGAGGAUCUAUUUGCAGUUAUUCACCGUUCAAAAAGGAAAGUUCUUGGAAGAAAGGACUCUGGAGAGGUUUCUGCAAGGAACAGAUUGAGAGCUUCAUCUAGUACUAGCAGCGUGUCUUCUAGUGCCAGCAACACAUCACCUGCGGCUUCAACUAAUGUUCCCCCUACAACUGGUGCAGCAAGCCCAGCAAGCAGCCAGCGAUCUCCUGGGCUUAUUUACAGGAAUGCCAAAAAGUCCAACACGUCUAAUGAAGAAUUCAAACUGCUGCUCCUGAAAAAGGGCAGCCGGUCUGAUUCUAGCUACAGGAUGUCAGCCACAGAGAUACUAAAGAGCCCUAUUUCACCCAAAUCUCCUGGAGAACUAAUUGGGGAUGCUCUUCAAAAUGCUGAUGAGUUUCCCCAAGCCUCAUCAAGUGCUGAGGCAUUAGCUCCUCUCUCUCCUUCCACUCCGAGAAUGAAUGCAGAAGGGUUUUCCUCAAAAAUCUUUCCAACAUCAGCAUCUUCACGAGUGGGGCGGUCACGGGCACCCCCUGCAGCCAGCAGUAGCCGCUACAGUGUCCGCUGCAGACUGUACAACACCCCGAUGCAAGCCAUUUCUGAAGGAGAGACUGAGAAUUCGGACGGGAGUCCUCAUGAUGAUCGAUCUUCUCAGAGUUCCACAUAGGCUACACCUGGGCCAGAGCACACUUCUGACUGUUAAAUGGGAGGACUCUGUAAUCACUUGGCUCACCUGAAUAUAAAAGGCCAAUUCUGUAGCAGUCAAAUACCAUGCAGGGCAAUAUUGAUGCUUGAAAAUGCUAAGGGUUGCUUAAGAGACUGGAAGAUGAGAAGACGAUCUGUAGCUAUUUAUUACUUCACAUUUUUCUAUAAGUAGAAAUUUACUAAAUGGUUAACUUUCAUUUCAUUUGUCUUCAUGUUUCUCAUUGUCAAUGUAGAUUUACAUUAUCCAAUUUUCAGAAUUCCCUCUGCCCCUCCAAAGAUGUCAUUUAGGAUCAAAAACAUUACCUUCACUGUUGUGCUUCCUUAGGGAAAAAACAUUAAUUGCUUGAGGAAUUGGUAUUUUUUUACAUUAAAAUGAACAGAAACAAAAUUUAGAAGAAAUGAACAAAACAGAUGUACAUAUCCAUAUUUUUGAUAAACAUGUGUAAAUAGAAUUAUCAAAGAGAAAAAUAGUUGGUGGCAAACGAUAACCUUGUUGAAAGACAAAAAAAGGAUUUAAAAAGGUACUGACUGUAUUCUGUGAAUACAAUUUUAAUAUCAAACAUAAUUUACAUAUCUACCACAUGUAAUUGAAUAAUGAAAGCCUCUAACACAAAUUAAACCCUUUAAUUUGGGGAAAUCUGAAUAAAAUAUUAUUAUAAGAUUAAUUUGAUGUUAUCUGAUCAAUUUUCUUUCCAAAAGUGCUGUUCCAAACAAGCUAAUUUUGAAGAGCAGCUUGUGGCAAGAGGCUUAUUGGCAGGCACUACAAAUACAAACUGUUUAUAAACCAGAUUUGCAGUUGAGGCUUCUCCCAAUCCCCUGCCAAGAAUCUAGAGAAGUAUAGUUAGUCAGACUGCAGUUGGUAAAAUGAGAAUAAUAUCAGUCUCUUAAAUCAAGUUAAUCCUAUUGUCUCUUCCCAGACAUCUUCCUCCCCAUCAUAUUUGGCAGCCUAUGGGGAGUGCAAUUUAUAUAGCAAGGAAGGUUCACAAAGAUGAUUCCCUCUAUGUGUCUUCUUUUGCAUGUAAACAGCAAAAUUCAGAAGCAUUUGGGGGGGGGGACUCAGCAGUCCAAAGGUUGCCCACACAUGCCAUAGAGAUUCUUAGCCCCAUCACACAACUACAACUCCAGGAUUUCUUGGGGGAAGCCAGGUCUGUUAAAAUGGAUUUAAGUUUCCAGUGCCGCCAUAACCAUAACAACAACAAAAACAAGAACAAUUGUUCGGCUAAAAGCACACCAUAAAUAGGAAAAUAAACAUCUCCCCCCUCUUCUAAAUGCAAAAUAUCAGCUGUCAGACUUUACUCUGAUGUUUGACACUUAAUUUGAACAAUGACUGUAAAGAGGGGGCAAGUAUAAGGAAAUGUUUUCAUAUUACUACUACUACUACUACUAGACUGUUGGGUGACCUGGUCAUAACCUGGUAACGUAAAUCUUGAAACAAGAUUAGUUUCAUGUUCAUAAAGUAAAUAACUAUUAAGCAUGCAACAAAUGCUCUUGAUUCAUCAAUAAAAUUGUGUAACAACUUUUCAGUGAAGCUUUGUGCGGACAACAUUCAUGCUACCUAAAUAUUUAGAAAAUGACACUGUGAAAAAAAUAGCUGAGAAAUAGGUGUAUGUAUGCAUACUUUAUAUAGCUUACUAAACUUGGAAUGGGGAAGCUCUUUGGUCUAUUACGCCAGCCACAUACAGCUCAGUUUCUUUUGGUCCUGGCUUUACCAGAAAUGCUUAACAGGGUGGGAAUAUAUAGUGGGUGGGGUGGAAAAGGAAUCCAAGCAAAUACUUUGAAUAAAUGAAGGCAGGGAAACAAAAGCUGGAUUACUUGAAAUUACUUGAAUUUUCUUGUCGGAAGACUAGGAGUGAAAACAAAUUGAUAUGAGAUCAAGUACAACAGGGGUUUUAAAAACACACACACUCAUAUGCACAAAACAAUGUCACUAUUUUUAGAAUACAGUAGAAUAUUUUCCAUAGAUGCAUCAGUUUCCCCAUUGCAAUAGACUCCAAAAUCAAAUAGACAUUCAGGCCCAGUUUUCUAAAAUGCAGUCCAUUGAUAUUAACUGUGGAAUACAAAUGCAGGAAGGUUUAGUGCUGAGGGCAGUUUUAAGGAGGAAUGUGUUGUGCAGUACAGAUUGAAUCAAAUGUCAGAAUUAAGUUGAUAGUCACUAGUAAGUCUACAAGUAAGUUGGCUUCAAGCAGAAAUAAGUUUUACUAGGAAUUUAGAAUGGGUGGAAAGCAGAGGGAGGAUUACUUUUUAGUUUGCUUAUAAGGAUAAGCUUAAAGAUAAAUAAGGUUUUCUCUUUUUUUAGGUUUUCUUAUAGUCCUCCAGUGUGGCAAAAGAUGAAUGGUAAGCAUGUGUGUAAAAAGAUUAGUGAGAACAGGAAAUCACUGGCCCAAUUCUAAAAUUUGCCAUGCUGGCAAAUAAAGAUUUAGGAUGGGCCAUCUGCACUUCUGAGCCGGUAUGUCGUCACUAUGACAACAUUCUGGCACACUGCAGAGAUGUUAUGGAGGCAGAGUAGGUAGAUACGCUGGGGCAGACAUUUAGGAUCUGGACUGCUGUAAGCAAAACCUAACCUAAAUGUUUGGUACGAAUGUCUAAUAGAGAGGUGUUAGUAUUACAAGCAAGUCUAAUGGUGCAAUCCUAUGCAUGUUGUCUCAGAAGUAAGUUCCAUAAAGUUCAAUGGGACUUACUCCCAAGAAAUGUAUUCAGGAUUGCAGUCUAAUAGAGCUACUAAGCAAGCUCUAAAAAGUGGUCAAAAAGCAAGUGAAGUAGAAUGCAUUAGUGGGUUGACAAGAUUCAUGUAGUUUUAAAAAAGAAAAGAACAAUAUAAUAAAUUUGAUAUGGGAGGCACAAGUGCCAUUUGAGGCCACUUUUCAAUUACUGCAAGAGUACCCUUACAAAUUCCUGAUGCUAAGACAACUGAGUCUUAACUCUUGGUGCUAACAGUGGAGCAUCACCAAUGGCAUUGCUUCAGUGUCACAGGCAGAAAUAUCACCACCACAUGUUUAGGAUCCAAGUGCCAAAUUCAUUUGUUUAAAAAAUGCUAAUGUGUUUUAUAGCAAAACUGUUAUAGAAAACAGCUGAAUUGGUUUCUCCAAGAUGUCAGUCUUGUAGGUGCCAUCCACAGUGCAUUGAGGUUGGCAAACGCCUCCAUUGUGGAUAAUACUCCAAGGCAUUUAAUGAUUUCGUAUUGAUACCACAGAGAGCUAUAUAAAUAUAGAGAGAUAUAUUUAAAAAAUACAUGCAACUUGAAUUAGAAGGCAGUGAAACACCUUCUUAUGUAAUGCUCACAAAACUAUCAUAUAAAAAACUUAUUUUGUUUACUCAAAAAUCUAUGACAAAGUGUUUCUAUUUUCUAUUUAUCAGAUUAAAAGCCCAAAUGAAGAUGGAUUGUAAAUCCACUUAAAAAUAUAUAUAUUGGCAAACAACCCCUGAUUCAGCAAUAGGUGGUUGGCAAAUGGAGCUCUGCUGCCCGCAAGGGUUGCUCCCAUUAGAACUGAGGAUGGGGCAUCACUUUAUGCACACAGUGAUGCCCUUUCAUUGACGUUAAUGGGAAUAACCAGCAAUAGCUCCUUGCCUGUGUAUGAGUGUAUAGAUCUCUGGACCAGGGUGACAAAAUUCGGAGAAAAAAACAACCUAAAUCGACAAUCUUAUGCACACUUUCCUGGGAGCGUGCCCCAUUGAAUGCAGUGGGACUUACUUCCAAGUAAACAUGCAUAGGAUUGUGCUCACAAGUGGUGUCUUCAGAGCCCUCAAAACACAUCCCAUCUUGAAACAGGGUAUAAACACAUAAGUAAUUUGUGAGCCAUCAUUCCAACUUGCAAUUAUGUUGUUUGCACUGAUGUUACAAGAAUGGUUUUUGAAGUUAUGCAGCUGUUUGAUUUUUUUCUUUCAAUAACAUUUUUUUCUAUUUUAAUAUUGUGGCAGCAUAGAGAAUAUGGAUUAGCUGAAGCAAAUAAAGCAUGUUUGCAUUUGCCAAAGGUCACUGAUAGAGUGCAUUUGCUGCAAUUGUGGCAGAUUUAGAGAAAUACUGUAGGUUAUGACUUAAAAGUUUAAAAAAAACCAAUUAAGAAGGUUACAGUGUAACUAUUUUGAUACUAUCACCAGUUCAUGCUGGCAGAAGAGACAAUGGUUUAUGGACUUGCAUCCAUUUUGUAUUUUUGUAAUAUUUGUAAAUAUGAACUUUUUAAAUUGUUGCAAAGAUUGUUUCUUUUGUAAAAUGUUUUCAAAGUUUACAUUAAAUCCAAGCCUUUGUAUAUUUUAGAGCUGUGCAACACUUUAAGUCUUGUAUUUAUUUUUAGUAAAAACAGUGACAGUUUCAUUGUGAACCCCCUCUCUAAAAUGUGUCAGAAAAGUUUGAUUAUCUAGGAAGUGUGUAUAGAAAUGGCAAAUAAACGUGACUGCAAUUAAA